AUGCCAAAGGAAACCUCCAAGCGUUCUUCAAAGGGUGAAAAGAAAAAGACCGGUCCCAAGCGUAGCUUGUCCGCCUACAUGUUCUUUUCCCAAGCAAACCGUCAAAAGGUCAAGGAUGAGAACCCUGAUGCAUCUUUCGGUACCAUUGGCAAGAUUUUGGGUGAAAAGUGGAAGAACAUGACUGAUGAAGACAAAAAGCCCUACGUUGCCAAGGCUGAGGAAGACAAGAAGCGCUAUGAAGCUGAAAAGGCUGUAAGUAAAAGCUGA